AGGUGGUCGAUCUCUGAGGCGAUUGGUCAUGGAAAGGGAAUGGAAGCCAAACGUUGAGAUAUCGCCAAACUGCCCCCGAUGUGGUUCUUGCAACACCAAAUUCUGCUACUACAACAACUACAGCUUGACACAGCCGAGGUACUUUUGCAAGGGCUGUAGAAGGUAUUGGACUAAAGGAGGAUCCCUCCGAAACGUGCCCGUCGGGGGCGGCUGCCGGAAGAACAGACGGGGCAAGUCCUUAAGGCUAUCCACCGACAGAACUAGUCUGGCUCAUGGGAAGCUCCCAAAUGACCCAAUGGGGCAUCCCAGUACUAGCUCCACAAUGAUGUGCCCUGAUGGUUCACACAUUGACCUAGCACUUGUGUAUGCAAACUUCUUGAAUCAAAAGCCGGAUUCGAAGACGGCGCCACUUGAUGAGUUGCCAGAAUUGCCUACUCAAUUAACGGAAGAAAAUGGGUUUUUUGGAUGCCACAAUCUUUCUCAACUGUCCGUGGAAGUUUGUCCGAGUUCCAAUACCCAGAUGUACUUUAGUGGAUCUGUAGAUUCAAUUCAGAAGCAUGAAGAUAGAGGUGAUCAUCAUCAUCAACAAUCUAUAAGGUAUGACUCAUCAAGCAUUAAUUAUUAUGCUUUGCCACCAUUGCCUGGAGAAGACAUGGCCUCUCAACAAGUGGUGUGGUCCAGUUCUCAGGAAAUGAUGGUGAAUCAUAGCUUUCAAGCAACAGAGCUGCCAGAGCUCGGACCAGAAGCAGAAGAUCCCAAUUCAUUGAUCUCUAAUUGGAGCCCGUUCGAUUUGUCAAGUGAUGAUACUUUCUCAAGGACAUGA